UGACGCACCAAUGAAUUGUUUACCGUGAUCUUGGAUUCCUUCGUAUCUAUUGCUAUUCCUAUUUUACCAAUCACCAUUUCUGUCUGAUUGAAGUAGUUGAAAUUGAGGGCAUUAAUUUGUUGUAUUAAUGACUUUUGUUGCGUAUUAGUGAUAUAACUAUAUUCUUAAUUACAAUCAAUUGAGAAUAUUCCAACGAAUAUAUGGUGGUGGAACAGGAGUUUGUUACUUGAUGGAGUGACCUGUGAUUAUGCAGCCAUAGGAUAGGAAAGAAUUAGGUUGUUUAUAAGCAUUAAAAGUGUUGUAAUUUCUGUUUUAUUGGAAAAGCAAUUGCAAAGAUGACUGAAUUCAAACUGGUAGUAGUUGGUGCUGGUGGUGUUGGAAAAUCAGCCCUUACAAUACAGCUGAUUCAAAACCACUUUGUAGACGAAUACGACCCCACAAUAGAAGAUUCAUAUCGAAAACAAGUUGUUAUAGAUGGUGAAACAUGCCUCUUAGAUAUUUUGGAUACAGCAGGUCAGGAAGAAUAUAGUGCUAUGCGUGAUCAAUAUAUGAGAACAGGGGAAGGAUUUCUUUUGGUGUUUGCUGUUAAUUCAGCUAAAAGUUUCGAAGAUAUAGGAACUUAUAGGGAACAAAUCAAAAGGGUUAAGGAUGCUGAAGAAGUACCUAUGGUAUUGGUUGGAAAUAAAUGUGAUUUAACUUCAUGGGCAGUAGAUAUGAAUCAAGCUAAAGAGGUUGCUAAGCAAUAUGGAAUUCCCUUUGUGGAAACAUCAGCUAAAACUCGAAUGGGAGUAGAUGAUGCCUUCUAUACUUUAGUCAGAGAAAUAAGGAAGGAUAAACACAGCAGGAGUAAACGCCCCCACAAAUAUAUCGUGGGGCAUGGACGAGGACCUUUCAAGCUCAGGUGUUCUGUCUUAUAAGCACCUUCGGAUGUGGAGUGUUUGAUUAGAUCUAUAUAUUCAUGGAUCAAUCAUUUGACGCAAUUUUAGGUGAUUUAAAAUGUUGAGAGGAGAGGAAAAUAGUAUUGAAUACUUUUGUGAAAUGAACUUCAUUGGUCAUUUCGAUGGUCUUGAUAUUGUGUGGUGUUGUUGAUAAUUUUUUUCUGCAAUGGUGAGUUGAAAAAAUAAAUUGAUAAAUAUUAUAAUUUUCAAUUUGCCAUCACCAUUAUUGAAAAAAGAAUUUUCUUUAUAUACAAUCAAAUUCUAAAAUACUUUGUGUGAUUAUGUAUUUUAUUGCAGUCCGUGGUUACUUAUGAGUUUUAAUAGAUGAUAAUUUUUCUGAACUAACUUUUUUCAUUUUGUGAUUUUAUUGGCAAAUAAUGGAAUAAAAAGGAUGAAGCAGUGAAUUUUUGAAUUGAAAUUUAUUCAGUAUGUCUUCUUUAACACUCACAGUAUGAUUUAGUUGUGUUCUACAAAAUUUGAAAGAAAUACUAUUUUAUAUUAUCAAAUUAUCUGGAUAAUAUGCAAGAAAAAUUGUACAGUUCCUGUUUUCUAAUAUAUAAUACUCUGUCAUGA